AUGGACUGUAGCCCACCAGGCUCCUCUGUCUGUGGAAUUCUCCAGGCAAGAAUACUGGAGUGGGUUGCCAUUUCCUUCUCCAGGGAUCUUCCUGACCCAGGAAUUGAACCCAUGUCUCCUGCACUGGAGGUGGAUUCUUUACCCUCUGAGCUACCAAGGAAGCCCCCUGGGCUACCAGGGAAGCUGGAUCAUAUGGUAAACUCUAUUUUUACUUUUAAAAGGAAACUCCACACAGUUUUCCAUAGUACAAAUUUACAUUCCCACUCACAGUGUAAGAAAUUCCCUUUUCUCCACAUCCUCUUUGACAUUUGUUAUUUAUAG